AUGUCGAGAGGAAAACGUUGUAGAGGGAAUAAACUGGUGCUGUUUACCAUGGGCGGAGUCCUGUGUGGUGUGGGGCUGGGUAUACUCGUAAAACAGUUUGAUCCUUCCCAAACCACACUGAUGUGGAUUGGUUUGCCGGGCGAGCUGUACAUCCGCUUCCUGAAAAUGCUGAUAACACCUCUCCUACUGACGUCUGUUAUUUCAGGUACAUCCUCGCUGAAUGCUAACACGAGUGGGAAGGUAGGGAUAUGUACCGUAGUAUAUUUCGUCCUCACCAACUUCCUCGGCUGUGUGGUUGGUUGUUCCAUCACUGUACUGGUUGUACCAGGCACUAACCACUAUACGCCUGCCGAUACUUUGGAACAGACAUCUAGUGCUAUUGAUUAUCACGAUUUAUUUGCAGAUGUUUUCAGAAAUCUGGUUCCAGAUAACCUAUUCCUUGCUACGUUUCAACAGACCCAGACCAGGUACCAGUUGGAGACUAAAUCGACAUCCAUAAACCAAACCCAAGAAACAAAGACGAAAAUUCUUGAAUACGUUGAGGGGGUAAACGUUCUAGGAAUAUUAACAGUUUGUACUCUCGUUGGUAUCUGUGCCGGGAAGGCAAAGCAGGAAGGAGAAGCGUUUAGGGCAUUCUUCACUUCUUCCUUCAGCGUACUGUUACAUCUUAUGCGUCUCUUUAUGUGGUGUACGCCUCUAGGACUUUUGAGUCUGUUGGCUAAGACUGUUUCUAGUGCCGACAAUCUGCUUGAUGACCUAGCCAACAUUGCUAUGUACCUCGUGACAGUAACAGUGGGACAGUGCCUUGUUGUCGUGGUGAUAGUACCGGCAGUAUACGUCAUCGUAAGACGGGCCAAUCCGGUGUAUCUAUACUAUACACUAAGGGAACCAAUAAUGCUCGCAUUUGCCACGGGGAGCACGGCUGCUGUUAUACCGGAUACGGUCCGUAUCCUGGUGGACGAGAUGGGUGUGGACCAACAUGUCGCAGAGUUCGUUGUACCCCUGUCCACUGCCAUAGGGAGAUGUGGAACAUCAUUAUAUGUAUCUGUAGCGUGUGUCUUCCUUCUUCAAAAGGAGACCUCAGACUACAGCGCUGAAACGGUGGUUCUUAUCUGUCUUAUGGCCGCUCUUUUGUCUACGGCGUCCCCUUCUGUAUCGGGAUCCAGUAUGGCGGUUAUCAUACUCAUCGUGUCUCAGUUCAACAUCCCCUCUGACAUGGUCGGCAUACUGUUUUCGACUGACUGGAUUAUAGACAGAAUCCGUACAAUAACAAAUUACGUUGCUCAAGUCCUGGGAACUAUCAUAACCAACUCGUGUGUUUCGCCCACACCUAACGCCAUUGAUGAACCAAGAUCUAGCAUCGCCUACACUUCCGAUUCUAUCAGCCGUACUGACAAUCCAAUCGAAUUAAAUACUCUUUCGUUAUGUGAAUCGUCCAUGUCAAACGCCAACGCCGUCUCUCUUGCAUCUGAUGGAAGACAAACCAGCACCAUAUCGACAGCUUACCUCCAUCAAACCUACCUCUUAAUAUUUUCAAUAUCCUCCAAGUCAUGUUCAUUAAUUGCACGUCUUAAAGGUAUUCCAGUUUAAAAUUUCGAUUUUUAUUUUUUUUUCGCUACAAUUUUACUAUGCUUUCAGCGCCAAAAAAAACAUAAAAUAAAAUCAAUAAAAGAGCAGAAACAUUUUAUGUGUAAUUAUGGGUGAUUUGUUUUAAUUUUGGCUGGAAAUCA